UUAAUAUCGUCAUAAAUGUCAAUCAAAGUUUUCUGAACAUGUUUUAACAUCUGGGAAAAUAUAUCAAGCAUGCACACAAUAUCUGUAAAAUAACUGUAGUAAUGUAUUAAAACGAAGAAACUUUUCCGUCAAAUUACAUCUUUUAAGAGUGUUUUGCAUGACAAGUAUUUCCGUUUAAAGUUACAAUAAUUUAUUGAGACUAUUUUGGGAUUAAGAAGGAAACAAGUUCAUGAGCGAACGAUGAACAAAGAAAGUAAACAUCGAACCAUAGGUAUUAUUGGUACCGGAAAUUUUGCACAAGCAUUUGCAUGUCGUCUUCUACAGUCCGGAUAUGACGUCAUUCUUGGCAGUAGAAAGCCAACAGAACGCAUGGUUUCUAAUACACAUGACUGUUGGUGCAAUAUUAGUAUAACAACAGUUGAUGAAUGUAUCAAAAAUUCAAAUACGAUAGUUGUAGCAAUUCACAACAAACACUGGAGAGAUACGCUGUCUCCGUUUGUAGAGCUGUUAAAAGACAAAAUAAUAAUUGAUGUGUCAAACAAAAAAUGUCUCACUAAGGGUCCUUCUAAUGCGGAACAACUUCAGAAAUUACUUUCGCACUCUUUAGUUGUUAAAGCUUUCAAUGUAGUUUCAGCAUACGACAUGGAAAGUCAAACUUCCGGCGGAAGUCAUAAUGUAUACAUUGCAAGUGAUAACUUUGUUGCAAGGAAUACAGUUGCUGAUUUAUCACGAGAUUUAGGAUUUACACCGAAAGAUUAUGGUGUUUUGUGGAAUGCAAGAAAAAUCGAAAAAAAGCCAUUACAAUUAUUUCCUGAAUGGAAAUUUCCAAUUGGCUUUACAUUUCUAGUAUUUAUUAUAUGGUAUCUUUAUGCCAUAUUUAUUUAUUUUGUUGAAAAAACCAGCUACAGCUGGGAACAAAUAUUUGUGAAAGUAACAAACAAACCAUUGUGUAUGACAGCCUUUACAAUCCUGGCUUGUACUUAUUUACCCAGCUCUAUAGCGGCAAUAUUUCAGAUAUAUAAUGGAUCAAAACAUGUCAGAUUUCCAGGUUGGUUGGAUACGUGGCUUCGUACGCGAAAACAACUAGGCCUUAUCGCAUUCACACUAGCUUUUGUGCACGUUAUUAUGUCCGUGCUUAUCAUGAGCCCAACAUAUUUGAAGUCUUGGUAUCAUGAAACGGAAAUAGUUGUUCCGAAAAAUAUCACAAGUGAUCUUCAUUUCCCGAUAAGGACUUGGAUGACGUGGAAAGGAGAAGCCGCUUGUUUAGCUGGAAUUAUCGCUUUUCUUGGACUUUGUAUCUUAGCCGUAACAUCCAUUAAAUCCGUAGGCGAUCAGUUGAAUUGGAGAGAAUGGAGAUGCAUUCAAUCCAAACUAGGCCAUGGUGUACUUUUAUUGUCGCUUUGUCAUGUGGUAGUCAUGGGAUCUCCAUACUGGAUAAAAGCCGGUCCACUUAAAACUUUUCGCUCAAUAACAUUUCUCAGUUCAGUUUUACCUAUGAUAACAUUAUUUCUUAAGUUGUGUUUUAGUUUGCCUUUUAUAAGUGGUUAUGUGAAAAGAAUACGACAUGGAUGGGAACGAACAAGUAAAAGAUGUAAAGCUAAAUGUUCUGGAUUUCAAGGAACAAUACUGGAUACUAAAUACAAACCGAUCGUAAACGGAAAGAGAGAACUAAGUGGUUUUCGAACUUUCGAAGCUUCUUUGGAAGACACUGAUAUCGACAAUUGCCAAUGUAAUGGAGCAACCAAUUUGGUUUGAAGCCGAAAAUAAAUGUAUAUAUAUAUAAGACAGUUAUCACAUCGCACAUCAUCUCUGCUAACUUAAUAUUGUAAAUAUCAUUCUUUAAAUUAUCUAUUUAAUUGAAUAAUUGGACCCUGCGUCCGAUGUGUUCUUUUUGUGUCGAAAGGUUUUCGAUUCUAUGUCGAUUGUCCUUUGUACAUCUGUAUUUAUUUAAAUUUAAAAUAUAUUUGUAUAUCA